UUUUAAAUUUAAAAACAAACAAGUAACCCAUUGCGGUUUUAGUAAAAAUGUUACUAUAUUUUUUUUUUUUUAAAAGUCAUGAAUAGAUUUCUAAGAAAAAAGAUUCAGACUUUAGCCUUUGUGUUACUAGCUUUUAUUUUAGGAUGUACUUUUACAAUAGGAAUUAUGCCUAUAGAUCGAACAUGUAAAAUUGAUAAUUCUGAUAAAGAAUUCAACAUAAUGAAAAAUUCUAAAUUUAAAAAUCCAGAUAUUAUUAUUCUAAUACUCUCUGCGCCGAAAACUAUGAAAAAAGAAGUAUUGUGAGGGAAUCAUGGUUAAAAUUGAAAUCUAAUUUGAAUGAGGAGAAUACAUUCAAAGUAAAACAUUUUUUCGUUAUAGGAAAUUUGUUUUUACCAAAAGAAGAAAGUUUAAAAAUUUCUUCGGAACAACUUCAACACAGUGAUAUUCUAAUGUUGCCUGUUGUAGAUUCUUACAAGAAUCUGACAGAUAAAAUUAAGUAUAGUUUUCAGUGGCUUGAUACUCAGUAUGAUUAUGGAUUAGGAUUUAAAUAUGUUUUAAAAUGUGAUGAUGAUAGUUUUGUCAAUUUAGAUAAGGUAGUAGUAGAGCUAAUGAAGAUUGAAAGCAAAUAUAUGAAAAGAAUGUAUGAUAAAAAUACUGAGGAAUAUAUACUUUCAAUAAAUUAUCAGCAAGAAGGUAGGAAUGAAGGUCUUAAUUUGUAUUGGGGUUACUUUAAUGGAAAUGCUCGAAUAAAAAGUAGGGGGAAAUGGAAAGAAACUAACUGGAUUGUUUCUGACAGAUAUGUGCCAUAUGCCUUAGGAGGUGGAUAUAUUCUUUCAAAAGGAUUAAUAUCUUAUAUAUCCAGGAAUAUGAAAGAAUUAAAGUCCUUUAAUUCAGAAGAUGUAAGUGUGGGCCUAUGGUUAUCUCCAGUAAAUAACAUUGUCAGAAUUCAUGAUAUCAGAUUUGAUACAGAAUGGACUUCUAGAGGAUGUAAAAAUUAUCACCUUGUUACUCAUAAUGUAACACCUGAAGAAAUGAAAAACUUUUUUGAAAAUUUGGUAAAAACUGGCAAAAUGUGUACACGAGAAACAACAAAAAGAGUUCAUUACAUGUAUGAUUGGAAUGUUCCUCCAAGUCAGUGUUGUAAAACAAUUAAUGAAAUGAAAAUAUUGUUGUAAACGACGAACAAGACAUGGUAGAAUAUUUAACGUUUCGAUUUCCACCUUGGAAAUCGUUCUCAAAAUACAAAACAUUAAUGUUUAGAUAUGGUAGUAUGUGCCAAAAUGAUGGUUUAUUGGAAAUCUGUUUGAGUUAAUUGAAUUAGAUUCAUAGUUGUUGGAUUAAACAAAUUGGUAAAAUACUAAAUUAUUUUGUUAGUAAAUCCAUUUGUCGAGUUAUAGAAUUCAAAUAAUAAAUCUAAAAAAUUGUAAAACAUGAAAUGGCAUAGCUAGUAUGAUUGCAAAUUAUGAUAAUCUCUAUAAGUAUGUAUUCAUAACGAUUAUGAUCCAAAACAUGUUCUCCAUCUAAACACAUCAAGAAUGUCUAAGGAACACAAAGUUUGUUUUUCAUCAUCAAUUUUGAUUGGAUUUUAAAAAGUGAUAUACAGUUAUAAUCCCUGAUUAGUAUGCAAUAAAUUCAGCUUAAUUUUAGUGUGUUAUGAUUUCUUUAUGAUGAAAUAAUU